AUGCCUGUGGUUCUCAUGACUCUCGUUCACUGUCUCCCCACCCCAGUCCUGAUUCUGCUGCUCCUGCUGUUUCUUCGGAGGAGACAGGUGGUCAAAGAGCCCUUACUGCCCCCGGAAGACGACACCCGGGACAACGUUUAUUACUAUGAUGAAGAAGGAGGUGGAGAAGAGGACCAGGACUUUGACUUGAGCCAGUUGCACAGGGGCCUGGAUGCUCGGCCUGAAGUGACUCGCAACGAUGUGGCACCAACCCUCCUCACUAUGCCCCAGUAUCGUCCCCGCCCUGCCAAUCCUGAUGAAAUUGGAAAUUUUAUUGAUGAAAAUCUGAAGGCAGCUGAUAGUGACCCCACGGCACCUCCUUAUGACUCUCUGCUCGUGUUUGACUAUGAAGGAAGCGGCUCUGAAGCUGCUAGUCUGAGCUCUCUGAACUCAGAGGAGUCAGACCAAGACCAGGACUAUGACUACCUGAACGAAUGGGGCAAUCGCUUCAAGAAGCUGGCAGAUAUGUACGGAGGCGGCGAGGAUGACUAGGAGACUCGAGAGCUGGGUCCCUAGACCUGUGGGAUGGAAAAGCAGAAAUUGUGUUGCUGGCAGAUUUUUACCUCCCUUCACUGGAGAUGAGUUUCUGGGAAAAAAGAGACUGAUCAGUGAUGCAGUUAGAAUAGUUUAAUUUCCACUUUAUAGCUCUAAUCUGUGUGUGUUAGAAAGGUUUCACCUUACUCCUUGAAUCUUUACUUUUUUCUUUCAUCACUCCUUACAUGAGUAAUUUUAAUAUUUCAAAAGAACAACUUUAGACUCAGAAGGUUCUGCCAGCAACAUGCAGAUUGCCUUAAGUGGGUUUGUCUCAUUUUAAAAAAGAAGGGGAGGAGUCAGUUUAGGUCUCUUGUUUUGUGUAUGUUAAAAACAAUCCCUCCCCCCCCCCACCUUUUUUUUAUAUAUCCUUCCUUCCCCAUCACUGCACUGGUGUCCCAUGUCCUAGCAUUCACUCUUACUCCUGAAUUAUAUCACUUUGCCCCAGAUGGCAGUCCUCUGGUGCAGAAAUUACCAAGCCCUUUUAGGCUGCAUCUUGGUCUGGCCUCGUCUUGCCUGGAUAUUGUAUACUCUAAAAUCCUUUAAUGGUUUCCCAUUUCAUCUCUUGAGCACAUAACUUGAGAUGGCGUUUAUCCAUUUACUUGUUCUGAGUAAGAGUGUUUUUUAUUAUGUGAAUGUCCGUCAUUAUGGGGUACUUUGGUUCUAAACAGGGAGACCUGGCCAGAAAAUGUGAUGAGUUUUCAGGUGCCACUUAACUUUUAAUGUUUGUUUUUUAACACGGAGACAAGAAGCAAUACAUUCUGAGACAGAGAAUAGUGCCUAAAGAAACGCGCCAAAGACAGAGGGGAAAUAGGAAAAGUGGAUGAAGAGAUGGCAGGAGAGCUUGUCAUUGAGCUGUAAGUUUAGCAAACUGAUGCUGAGGAUGAUUGAGGUGGAUCUACCUCAUCUCUGAAAAUUCUGGAAAAAUGGAGAAAUGUCAACACUUGUUCACUACCCAGGAUCCUUAUAGCAUGGUUUGUUCCUGACGUCCAGAACCCCCAAGUGCCUGCUUUUGAUGCUGUUUAUAGAAAAUGCCGACUGAUCUGAACACAUUUGCCUAAUUCCAAGUGCACAUAGAAUGCUGAGAAUAUUAGAAAUUCUGAUUUUUUUUCUUAGAAGCAGGAAGAAAACAUGGCCCUAAUGGAUGUUAUGCAAGGGGAAGUGUGGGGGUAGAGAGGAUCUUAAUUUGGAUCUUUUUGUAAAUUCACAGUGCAAAUUAUUUCACCUCUUGACAACUGUAAGAAAGAGUUUUAUUAAAAUAGCUUUACUGUCUGUCAAAUGUUUUUGAAGAAAAAAAUCAACUCUGCAAUCACGUCUUCGAAUUAUCUUGAUUUAUCUGCAGUUUAAGCUAUGUCUAAUAGAGUUCUGUAUAGAGAAUGUCAAUGUAGUUUUGAGUGUAUGCGUGUGGGUGCUAAUAAUUUUGUAUUUUCUUUGGGGGUGGAAAAGGAAAACAAUUCAGGCUGAGAAAUUAUUCUCAGAAAUACAUUUUUAUAAAUUUUAUUAAAGAAUUUUGUUAAA